UAUAAAUUAACCUGUUCAUUCAUGCUCUUGCACUAAUCACUUGCUCUUCAUUAACAAGCUCUGCAGGCUAAAGACAGCCAUGGCUCAAUCUCUCAGCGCCCAUGCUCUUGCUGCUUUGCUUUUAGUUCUUUCCCUUAAGGCUACCUCUGCUGCACACCACCACCAACUCAAGUCCCUCCACUUUUCACUUUACCAACAUGAAACCAUCAACAAAACUGGAUAUAUCAUAGUGAACGGUGUUGCAGGAGCAAACCUCAGUCAAACCGCGUUGCCUUUUGGUACCUUGUUCGUUUUUGAGGAUUCCAUGACAGUUACAGCCAACCGCAGUUCCAAACUCGUUGGCAUUGCAGAAGGAACUUCCAUAACUUCUAGUCUCGAUGGGCUCACAAGCAUUUCUACUGCUAAGAUUACUCUAAGUUUGAAGAACCACAAAGGGUCAAUCUCCAUUGUCGGAGGCACGCAUAAUAUCAAACCUGCUGAUCAUCCUGUUGUGGGAGGCACCGGUGACUUUUUGUUUGUACAAGGCUAUGUAACAUCUUCUCCGGUGGAUCUCGUCGGCACCACUGUUGUCUACAAGAUUGAGUUUCACCUGUACUGGCCUCCAUAUGCAGAGCAAGUUCAUCCAGCCUAAAGGGCAAACUCAAAAUACAAAUUCAUCAACAUCUUCAAAUAAUGACUCUGCUUUUCUUAUCAUGUUCAACAUUAUUCGUUUUGUUCUAUGUUUUCUUCUAGCAUGGAGAUUGGAAAAUAUAUCAUUACAUUAUUUAUCAAAUAUCACUCUCCCUCUUCCCCUGA